UGCCGAGCGGGCACGUGCCGAGCGGGCACCUAGUUAAGCGCGCCGAGCAGGCACAUACCUCAAGCCAAAGAAUGAGAUGUUCUACUUGCGCUUCGACAAAACGCUAUUCUUCCAGGGCGUCAUGUUUCAUCAUUUUUGAUGAAUCGUGACACCGCUUUUGAGUGCGCCCAAAAACGAGAAAAAAGGCGGGGGGUGUCACGUUUCGUCAUUUUUGACGAAUCGUGACACCGCCCAAAAAACAUGCCCGGUGGCCGGGUUCUCCACAAUCCACAUGAGCGGGUCAAAGGAGCAACACCGACCUGGGGGCGUGGACGGAUGGGGUGGAGCAGGCCCGAUGAGGCGCAGCCCCGGCCAAACCCUCGCCCAGGAGUCCAGCACGGCCGGCAGCUGCCGGAAGUCUCCCAGCAGCAGGAACUUCACGUCGGCGUUCAGCAUGUGCUCCUCGCCUUCGGGCCACGCGGCGUCCAUGCGCUCCACACGCAGAACUCUCGCACCUCCUCGGCGGAGAUGCCGAGGCGCCUCCAGUCGUGGCGAGUGCUCUCCUCUGCAGAGCACGCUUCUUUGCAGAGUGCUCUCCUCUGCAUGGUGGUGUUGUUGUCGGUUUUUGUUUUGGGGGGCGUAGGGGGCCAGUCAGCCUGGCGCAGGGGGCCAGUCAGCUUCGGAGUUGGGUGUGAAACUGUUCGUCGCCGUCGUCACCGUCUGUUUUGUUUCGGGGGACGGUUCGUCGUCUGUUUUUGUUUCGGGGGACCGAGUGCGAGGCGCACGAGCGCCUGCUCGCCGCCGUGAGCGCGGCUGACGCCCUGCCGAGGUGACAAAAAAAUGUUCGGCCCUUGCCCGCGUCCUGCACCGCCUUCACGCGCCGGUCGGCGAGGUCCUUGUUGUGCUGGAACUUGUCGGCGUUGUCUUGCAGGACCCUGAACUCCGUGGCCGGCUGCCUCUCCACGUCCUCAGGCGCGCCGUGCACCGUCUCGUGGGGCCGCGCGUUGUAGGCCGAAGCGGUCUGCUGAAAGUGGUCGCUCCACUGCCCGCCCUUGCGCGCCACCCUCGUGGCCAGGUCCUUCUUCAGCGUCUGGAUACCCCGGUCCACCACGGCGAUGGCGUUGCGGUCCUCGGGCCGCUUCGUGCGGUGCACGGCAUUUUCGGGCAGCUCCCUGUCCAGCGUGGCGAACUCGUUGCCCAGGUCCGUCGUCACCACGAAGUUUCCGUCGUCCCCCGUCAGCUCCUUUGCGGCGCGCUUGGUGGCGCGGCCCACCGUCUC